CCCAGGACAAUUUCAGCUACUGAAAGUCUGAAACAAGAGAUCAAAAGCGGUUUCGUUGAUAUCCUAAUUUCCAUUUCCUUUUCUCCGGUUGAUCCUCUCUUUUAGCUUCUUUGACUACCACCGAUAAAUCCACGAUGGCGACGGCAAUGGUGGAGGAUUCGAGCUUCGAAGAUGAUCAGCUUGCAUCUAUGACCACCGAGGACAUCCUUAGAGCCUCUCGUCUUCUGGAUAACGAGAUUCGUAUCCUCAAGGAAGAGUUGCAGAGAACGAAUUUAGAGCUGGAUUCUUUUAAGGAGAAGAUAAAAGAGAAUCAGGAGAAGAUUAAGCUCAACAAGCAGUUACCAUACCUGGUUGGCAACAUUGUUGAGAUUUUGGAAAUGAACCCAGAAGAUGAGGCUGAGGAAGAUGGUGCAAAUGUUGACCUGGACUCUCAAAGGAAGGGUAAAUGUGUUGUCCUGAAAACAUCUACCCGUCAGACUAUUUUUCUUCCCGUUGUUGGUCUUGUUGACCCUGACAAGCUAAAGCCUGGUGAUUUGGUUGGAGUCAACAAAGAUAGCUACCUUAUCUUGGAUACCCUUCCAUCUGAGUAUGAUUCAAGAGUGAAGGCCAUGGAGGUUGAUGAAAAACCUACAGAGGAUUAUAAUGAUAUUGGGGGCUUGGAGAAACAGAUUCAAGAGCUAGUUGAGGCAAUUGUGUUACCUAUGACUCACAAGGAGCGAUUCCAGAAGUUGGGCGUUCGUCCUCCCAAAGGUGUCCUCUUGUAUGGUCCUCCUGGGACAGGGAAGACAUUGAUGGCUCGAGCAUGUGCUGCACAAACAAAUGCUACUUUUCUAAAAUUGGCAGGACCACAACUUGUUCAGAUGUUCAUUGGUGAUGGUGCCAAACUUGUCCGUGAUGCCUUUCAGCUUGCAAAAGAGAAAUCUCCCUGCAUCAUAUUUAUAGAUGAAAUUGAUGCAAUUGGCACAAAGCGGUUUGACAGUGAAGUAAGUGGUGAUAGGGAAGUGCAGAGGACCAUGUUAGAAUUGCUUAAUCAACUUGAUGGCUUUAGUAGUGAUGAGAGGAUUAAGGUGAUAGCAGCAACAAAUCGGGCUGAUAUCUUGGAUCCUGCCCUCAUGCGAUCUGGCAGAUUGGAUCGCAAAAUUGAGUUUCCACAUCCAAGUGAAGAAGCAAGAGCUCGCAUUUUGCAGAUCCACUCAAGGAAAAUGAAUGUUCAUCCUGAUGUCAAUUUUGAAGAAUUGGCUCGGUCCACUGAUGAUUUCAACGGGGCACAGCUAAAAGCAGUUUGUGUAGAGGCUGGAAUGCUAGCACUCCGGCGUGAUGCAACUGAGGUGAACCAUGAAGACUUCAAUGAAGGCAUAAUACAGGUCCAAGCAAAGAAGAAAGCAAGCUUGAACUAUUAUGCAUAAAUUCAAAAUAUGGUUCUAUUCAAGGAUGUACCUUAAGCUCUGAUGUUUUUAUUUUUUUCACGUGAGAAAUAGGCCCUUCAGUCCUCUUGUUAUGAUCUCUACAUCUUUGUGGAACUUAGUCGUAGAAAAUUAAAAUGUAAACAGUUCACAGACUCUGCUUGCUUUGUUACAAUGAAUUUUAUUCAAUGUGUCCAAA